AAAUGUUCUCUGUAAAUAGUGAGAAAUGAGCAGAAAGCGAGCGCUGAUCGCAGACACUUUCUGCUUAAAGAGACGCAGAUCCGCAGCUGACGCUGUUGCCGGAGGCAGUCACGCAGAAGGAGCAGCUGAUAUCCGCUCAAGCUUGCAGAACCUCAUGACACUGUUCUCACGCAAACUCUUCAACGACAGCCUCCCUCCGGUGGUGCUGAAACACCAGCUGUACAGUUUACACAGCGACAGAACCUCCGUGGACAAGCAGCUGAAUGAGUUGCGGGUGAGCGGCGAGCUGUUGAUGUUCCAGCUGGGCUUCGACUCAGAGGCUUUCGCUCUGGUGUUUGCUGAAGACUACAGAGCCAAAGUCCUGCAGGGCGAAGCCGGAAGAGAAACACUGGAAACUGUGGAGAAAUUCCUGGAUAAACUAAUUCCCGGCUGCUCCGAUCUGAGCUUCAACAAAGAAAAGAUGCUGAAGGAGUUCCUCUUCACGGACUCUGAGAUCACGCAGCUGGUGAAGUCGGGCGUCCUCACGGUGAGGGACGCGGGCAGCUGGUGGCUCUCAAUCCCAAACUCUGGCAAAUUCAUUAAGUACUUCAUCAGGGGUAGGUGUGUUUACCACAAGACUCACGAUCAGCGCUUUAACUAUUGCUACUGCAUUAUAUCCGAUUUUAUAACAGGGCGCAAAGCUGUUCUUGGCAUGGUGAAGAAAUCCAGAUACGGUGAAAUCCUGAAGACUGAACUUGAGGGACGCCGCACAACUUCACAUGUUAAAUUUCAGAUGAAGUAUCACAUUCAUGAUAUAGUUGGAGCAGAGUUAGUAGAAUGCAUACAGACAACAUCAGGGACAUUAUUACGAUACGUGGACGGAAACAUCAACUAACAGCUUCACCCGCUUGCCUUGGAUUGUACAGAAUUGAAUAAACUGUAUAAUGUAUUUAUUGCCAUAUUAUUUUGGUUACAAA